AUGGCAAUAGAGCGGUUAAAAGCAAUUAUUUGUCCUUCAAUUCUUAAUGCCGAUCUUGCGAAUUUGGCUAGUGAAUGCAGGAGGCUAAUACAAGCUGGAGCCGAUUAUCUUCACCUCGAUGUUAUGGACGGUCAUUUCGUUCCCAAUAUUAGUUUUGGUCAUCCCGUUAUCGAAAGUCUUCGUAAUGCACUCGGUAAUGAACCUUUUUUCGACGUCCAUCUUAUGGUAUCAAAACCAGCACAAUGGCUUGAACCAAUGCAAAAGGCAGGUGCUUCUCAGUUUACUUUUCAUUUAGAAGCAAUUGAAAUUGAUGACGGAGAAUCGGCUAUUCAUUCGCUUAUCGAUAAUAUUAAAAAGUGUGGAAUGAAGGUGAAUUUUCGAAAAGAUAGUUAA